GGUGGCUGCUCAUUAGAUCAACCUGGCUUCGAUUGUAUUCUAUCCAGCGUCUAUUCUCCUUUCUCUCAUCAAAAUCAAGUCAAUUGAACGACUACAACAUCACACCUCUCCUUUCUCGCACUUCGAUUACUGCUCGACUCCACAAUCUACCCUAAUCAUAAUGUCUGUCUCCAUCACUGCCGAUACUCCUGCCGUUCCUGCUACCAAACAGGCAGACGUCUCUCUGGGCUCCAAGGGUAGAAUGCCAGAAUUCAGUCUGGCUGGCAAGGUCGUCCUGGUCUCUGGUGCUGCUCGUGGCCUUGGUUUAACCCAGGCCGAAGCGCUCUUGGAGGCCGGUGCCAAAGUGUACGGAUUGGAUCGUCUGGAGGAGCCAUCCGCCGAGUUCUUCGAGAUUCAGAAGCGAGCCAAGGAGGAACUGGGCACGGAGUUGCACUACCGUCGCAUUGAUGUGCGCGACACGGAACUGUUGACCAGCACCGUUGAGCAAAUCGCCGAUGUCGAGGGCCGGAUGGACGGCCUGAUCGCGGCAGCAGGAAUUCAACAGGAAACCCCGGCCCUAGAGUACACGGCCAAGGACGCGAACACCAUGUUUGAGGUCAACGUGACGGGUGUGUUCAUGACUGCCCAGGCAGUGGCCAAGCAGAUGAUUCGCUUUGGUAAUGGUGGUAGCAUUGCACUAAUUGCGAGCAUGAGUGGUACUGUCGCGAAUCGGGGUCUCAUUUGUCCCGCGUACAAUGCCAGCAAGGCCGCUGUCAUCCAGCUCGGUCGCAAUCUGGCCAUGGAGUGGGGUCAACAUGGCAUUCGCGUCAACACCAUCUCGCCGGGCUACAUUGUCACGAAAAUGGUCGAAGAUUUGUUUAUCCAGUUCCCGGAGCGCCGAGAAGAAUGGCCCAAGCACAACAUGCUGGGCCGUCUGUCUACUCCUAACGAAUACCGGGGUGCCGCAGUCUUUCUCUUGAGUGACGCCAGCAGUUUCAUGACAGGAAGCGAUCUGCGCAUCGACGGUGGCCACUGUGCGUGGUAAUAUUUGUUCGAUGCUGUACUUUUCAUUCUAUUUUAUUUUUUCUCCCGGACGGUCUUUGUUUCCCUAAUGCUAUUGCAUGGCGUUUUGUGUUUGGGAAAGCAAGCGUGAUCUGAUUCGAGUUCAAUGUUCUCGUCAUGACGUCUGCCGUCUGCCAUCUCUCCAGACUUUCGCAUCGAGGGAGGGGAAAAGAUGA